AUGGACAUUCUACAGAAGAGUGUGGUGGACCCGCUCCAGCCGGUCUUGAAGCCUAUUGUCGAGGCACUUCCUCAACCUGUUCACGAUGCGAUCAUCUCGUUGAUCUCGGCCCCUUGCCACAAAGCGCUCGUCGUCGACCUCAGCCUAGUCAAAGAUCCCGCUUGCACCUCCCUCGCCAUCUCCAAGGCGCUGGGCAUUGCCAUUGUGGGUGCCAGUGCUGUGGUCAAGGUCCCGCAGAUCCUGAAGCUCAUCAGCUCUCGCUCGUCGGCCGGUGUUUCCUUUGCGUCUUACGCUCUCGAGACGGCCAGUCUUCUCAUCACGCUGUCUUACAGCGUGCGAAAUGGAUUCCCCUUCAGCACUUUCGGCGAAAGCGCUCUCAUUGCGAUCCAGGAUGUUGCGAUCGGUGUUCUCGUUCUGACCUUUGCGGGCCGGUCUGCUGCGGCCGCCACUUUCGUUGCGAUCGUUGCAGCCGCCGUGUAUGCGCUGCUCUUUGACCAGAAUUUGAUUGACGGCCAAACGAUGGCCUACUUGCAAACCGGUGCUGGGGCACUCGGAGUUGCAAGCAAGUUGCCGCAAAUCUAUGCUAUCUGGAGUGAGGGUGGCACUGGCCAGCUGAGCGCCUUUGCGGUCUUCAACUACCUUUUCGGCUCUCUCUCCCGCAUCUUCACCACUCUUCAGGAAGUCGAGGACAAACUGAUUCUUUACGGAUUCGUCGCUGGCUUUUCGCUCAACCUGAUCCUGGCUGCGCAAAUGGUCUACUACUGGAAUAGCCCUGGCCCCAAGCAAAAGAAGUCCUCUGCUGCCAAAAUUGCGGAGAAACCGGUCCCCGCGCAGUCAUUCGCGCAGACUACCGGAGCCUCACCCCGGCCCGGUUCGAAGACUCCUACCACCCGUCGUCGAGGUUAA